AUGGCUUCUUCUUCUAAUAAUCCUCAUUAUAAUCCUUAUGAUGGUGGCAAUGAUGGUCUAUAUAAUCCUUAUGACGGUGUCAAUGAUGGUCUUGAUGAGAGUUUUGAUGAAAAGUUUGAUGACAUGUUUGAUCAAAAUUUUGACAGCGCUUUCAACGCUUUACUUGAGCGACAAGCCGGUUCUAAACCAAUGAAGAAGAAGAGGGCAUAUAUAGAAAGACAACGAGAACAAAAGCACGCCCAAUUAUGGAACGACUACUUCGCUGAGAACGCUACAUAUCCUUACCAUAUAUUUCGGCGUCGGUUUAGAAUGAACAAGCCAUUUUUCAUGCACAAUGUGGAACGACUAUCAAAUGAAGUGCCAUAUUUUCAGCAAAGGAGAGAUGCUGUUGGAAGGCUUAGCCUAUCUGGAUUACAAAAAUGUACGGCAGCAAUCCGUAUUUUGGCGUAUGGAAGUGCGGCUGACGCAGUUGAUGAAUACCUUCGUCUUGGUGAAAGUACGGCAAUCAAAUGCUUAGAAAAAUUCACCGAAAAAAUAAUAUCUCUGUUCGGGGAUGAAUACCUUAGAAGACCCACACCAGAAGAUCUGAAGAAGCUGCUAGAUGUUGGGGAGGACCGGGGGUUUCCCGGUAUGGUAUGA